GAAGCUAAAAAAAGAAGCCUCGACGAGCAAAUUGUUAAUCCAGAGGAACCGAAAAAUGGAUGGGCUUUGUUUGAAAACGGGGAUUCAUGGGAUGCCACCUGCGAUCUCCGUCAUUGGGCCAUUGAAAAACAGGACCAACGCCUCGCAAGUGAGUGCGGUGGCGCGAUCUUUUGUGGAUAAUAAUAAAUCGACAGCGCUUUCCAGGUUGUCGUGCCGUUGCCGUUUGAAAUCUUUGUGGCCCGGAGCUGGAAAUGACACGAGGCACAACGGGAUGGCUGUUGACGAUACGGUUUUGUUGGUGGGUGAUAACGGAGAGGAGGAAAAAGUAAACGCGGGGAACGGGAAUGUCGGGGAAAUGAACGGGACGUCGGAAGGGCAAAAUGGGAAUUGGGUCAUGAAGAUUUUGGACGUGAAGGCGUUGUGGAGAGAAAACGACGAAGAAGGGAAAAAGAGCGUUGGUAAAGAAGGGGAAUCUGAAGAAGAAAACAACGAAAACGGAGACGUUAAUGAGGAUGAAGAAAUCUGUGAAUUUUGCUGUGUUUGUGACGAUGACGAUGAUGAUGAAAAUGAAAUGAAGAAAAUUGAAAUGGAUAAACAUUCGUUUUCCAAGAUGCUAAAAAGGGUGUCGUUAGCUGACGCUAAGUUGUACGCUCAAAUGUCAUACCUUGGAUGCUUGGCUUAUAUGAUUCCCAAGAUUAAGCCUGAAAGUCUCCUAAGAGUUCAUGGUUUGCGUUUGGUAACUUCAUCAAUAGAGAAGAGAGAAUCGGCAAUGAAAGUCGAGAAAAAUCAUGAACAAAUCGUUGUGUCCUCUGAAAAUCAAGAGGAACAAAGGAAUAAAAAGGGUGAUGCAGCAGGCCAUGAACAGAAAAAUAUUGGGCACCGGAUUAGUGCCUCUGCUGCAUAUCAGAUAGCUGCCUCGGCUGCUUCUUAUUUGCAGUCGCAUACAAGGACCAUACUUCCAUUCAAAUCGUCGAAUCCUGAAAGCAUUAAGGGGUUGUCUCAAGAUGGUUCCGAUAUGAUAAACUCUGAUGUGGCCUCUUUAAUGGCAACAACGGACUCCGUGACUGCUGUGGUUGCUGCUAAGGAAGAAGUGAAGCAGGCUGUUGCGGAUGAUUUGAACUCGACACAUUCAUUGCCUUGUGAGUGGUUUAUAUGUGAUGAUGAUCAGAGUACUACAAGAUUAUUUGUGAUUCAGGGAUCUGGGUCAUUGGCAUCUUGGCAGGCCAAUCUACUUUUUGAGCCUAUUCAAUUUGAGGGACUGGAUGUUCUUGUGCAUCGAGGUAUAUAUGAGGCUUCUAAAGGUAUUUAUGAGCAGAUGCUGCCUGAAGUCCGUUCCCACUUAAAAUGUUAUGGCAAUCGUGCAACUUUCCGCUUCACCGGGCACUCUCUCGGUGGCAGCUUGUCACUAUUGGUAAGCCUCAUGUUGCUGAUAAGAGGCGAAGUGCCAGCUUCUUCUUUACUUCCGAUUAUAAUGUUUGGAUCUCCAAGCAUCAUGUGUGGGGGUGACCGUCUUUUUCGCCAACUCGGGUUACCACAAAGUCAUGUUCAAGCAAUUACGAUGCACAGAGACAUUGUUCCCCGAGCCUUCUCUUGCGAUUUUCCUGACCAUGUUGCGGAGCUUUUAAAGGCUAUUAAUGGAAAACUUCGCCACCAUCCUUGUCUCAAUAAUCAAAAGAUAUUGUAUGCACCAAUGGGGCAACUUCUGAUUUUACAACCAGAUGAGAAAUUCUCUCCACAUCAUCAUCUCCUUCCUUCAGGAACCGGUCUAUAUUUCCUAAGCUGUCCAUUGUCAAAUAAAGAUGAUGAAGAGAAGCUGUUCCGGGCAGCACUGAGAAUUUUCUUCAACUCACCACAUCCGCUAGACAUCUUAAGUGAUCGUAGUGCAUAUGGUUCCGAAGGAACAAUCCUAAGAGAUCAUGACAUGAAAUCUUACUUGAAAUCUAUUCGAAAUGUGAUCCGUCAAGAGCAAAACCGCAUCAGGAAAAAAAAAAGAGAGCAACGUCGCAAGGACGGGUGGUCCGUUGUGUUUCCUAGCAGCAUUAAUUCAAGUAUCAUUCUCGAGGGGGCCAUGGUAACAAUCGGUUCUGGCCAAGAACUAUUCAACCUGGCCAGCGUUUUACAAUCCGGGAGAGCAUCGUUGAAACGGUUCGGUAAGCUCGUCGCAUCAGGCCACAUGCAUUUGCUAGUGAUCCUUUUGUUCCCAGCCAAGCUGUUACUCUUGGGUGCAUACCAUGUCAUCGGUUUCCGCUGAGCUAUGGUAUAUUUGUUUGAUUGGCCAACAAUUGCUUCUUAGGAGGAAAUAUUAUGCAGGCAAUUGUUUAAUUCAUUGUUGAUUUAGAAAAGGAAAUUUGAACUUAGUUUGUUCAUGCUUGUUCUUUCAUGUUAAUGAUAGCAGAUGAAAAGAAAGCAGAGAGAAUUGUUUAUACGUUGAAUUACGAGAA